AAGCGAACGAAGUUUUCAUUUGAUAGUAUUCUUUUACGAGACUAGCGAGAGAAACAGAGACGCCGUUUAUCCAUUCAGCGAACCUCGUUCGUGCCGGCCUACCUAGGGUGGGCAACGCAAGUGCGCAACGGAUAGAGAUGUCCGCGUUAAGCAUUACAUCGAAUACAACGUCGGCGUGAGCUGCCCCAACGCAAGAGAACAUCGCGAUUCACGACGACCUGGACAUCACGAGGCCACGAGCGCAUCCGCCGUUCACAGUUCACACAACUAGAGGUCACCUCUCCUUCAUCCGGAUAAGCUCAAGAUCUCUUUCUUUUCUCACUUUGCACGAUUAUUUAUUGCCUUUCUCUGCGAACGCCAGCCACAGGCACAGGGCCCGGCCCACCCGCGGUUUCCAAAAUUGAAUUUCGAAUCACGCUGCAGCAGCGUGGCCCACACGCCAUGCUGGCACGCUCCCCUUGUACAGCUGUAAUACUCCACUUCCACCUAGCGCAGCAGUAUAUAAAGACGACUCAUCUGCUAAUUCUCGAGGCCAAACUCAAAGACAAGCGAGGAUUAGCGAUCGAUAACUGGAGGGAGUAUACAGUUGGAAAAUUCAAACUAGACGCUGAUCAUAUCGAGGGAGAGUUCAACUCAACUGGAGCGCGGAGAUGGCAACGCCCAAGCUGUCCCCUGUAUCGCCGGUGCGGCCGGAAGAUAAGCAGCGCGCGUCCUCCUCGUCGUCGUCGGGGGCGGUGGCUGCGCCUCUGAGGGUGCAGGACGAUACGGCGGUCGAGGAGUACGAGCAGUACCUGCGGCUUCCGGAGCUCGCAAGGCUGUGGAAGGAUAGGUGCUGUCCGGAGUGGGCCGACGAGGGCCUCGUCAAGCCGGCGCUGCAGGCGCUGGAGAUCACCUUCCGCUUCAUCUCCGUCGCGCUCUCCGACCCGCGGGGCUACGCCAGCCGCCGCGAGCUCGCGCGGCGGCUGGAGGCGCUCGCGGCAAGGGAGGUGGAGCUGGUGGCCGCGCUCUGCGAGGGCGAGCAGUGCCCGCCGCUGGCCGAGCUGAGCGCGUCCAAAGGCGUGCUCCCGCGGGAGCGGAGCGCGUCUGAGGUGUGGAAGAUUCCCGGUAGCGCCGCCGCGGUGGUGUGCCAGGUCAGCGAGGCCAGCCUGCUCCCGCGGCUCGCCGCUUGGGACAAGUCCGAGACCGUGGCGGCCAGGAUCAAGUACGCCAUCGAGAGCCAGAUGCAGGGCUGCGUGUUCACCCUCGGCCUCGGCGAGCCCAACCUCGCCGGCAAGCCGGUGCUCGAGUACGACCGCGUCGUGAGGCCGCACGAGCUGCACGCCCUCAAGGCGAAGAUCGCGCCGGAGCCCAAGACCGGCUACCGCAACAAGGAGAACGAGGCGCUGUUCACUAUCCACCAGAUACUCGAGUCCUGGCUGUGCGCGGCCUCACAGCUUCUCACCCGCCUAAACAACCGGAUCGAAGCAAGAAACUGGGAGGCCGCGGCGAGCGACUGCUGGAUCCUGGAACGCGUCUGGAAGCUGCUCGCCGACGUCGAGGACCUGCACCUGCUGAUGGACCCGGACGACUUCCUGCGGCUCAAGAGCCAGCUCGCAAUACGGGCGGCACCGGGCUCCGACGCGUCCUCCUGCUUCCGCUCCAGGGCGCUGCUGCACGUCGCUAACGCCACGAGGGACCUCAAGAAGCGUGUGCCAUGUGUGCUUGGCGUCGAGGUGGACCCCAACGGCGGGCCGAGGGUGCAGGAGGCAGCCAUGAGGCUGUUCCACAGCCGGCGGCGCGGCGAGGGCGAGGAGGCCGGCAAGGUGGAGCUGCUGCAGGCGUUCCAGGCCGUGGAGGCGGCGGUGAGGAGGUUCUUCUUCGCGUACCGGCAGCUCGUGGCGGCGGUGAUGGGCACCGCGGAGUCGUCGACCAACCGCGCGCUGUUCUCGCCGGCGGAGGAGAUGGACCCCCUGGCGCAGAUGUUCCUCGAGCCGCCCUACUUCCCCAGCCUCGACGCCGCCAAGACGUUCUUGGCCGACUACUGGGUACGGCGGAUGGCCGGUGACGGUGACUCUGCUUCGUCCAGGCGAAGCUGAGCGGCGGAAAUAGUGGCGGAUGGAUGCCGCCGGACCCUGAAUUUUGCAGUCUUUCAAGGUUGAUGAUACAUUUAAUACAUUUAUGAUUUAUUUCUGUAGGGUAGUGGUCGCGUUCAUCUUUCAGUUCGAGUAAAUGUUUUAUUGGGAGACAUUUUGGUUUAGAUUUGAUUACUAGAUGGUAACGGGAAAAUGAUCUAGGAUCAUAUAUUUCAAUUAGAGUACUGAUGAUGUAUAUAAUGCUCUGUAAAUAUGUUUCAAUGGAUUAUGUGUCCGAUAUUGAUAAUGUUUGAUGUACUACGAAUUGUUUCAAAGGAAAAAUUAUUUCCUAAUCAGAUAGUAGUAUUUUUUAUAUAUGUU